ACUCGUGUGUGAUCGUCGGCCGCAGGGUUGUUUUAUUAAAAAAACAAUUUCUACCACCAUGUUCAAACAAUAAUAAUAUUAUUGUACAUCAGGCCCUAGCCCUGGAGUGGUAGGACGUCAGGAAUAAUAUAUUUGAGUACUGACUGGAAUGGCCAUGACUCAACCAAGGACAGCGUAUGUGGCAACUUUCCUCGGAACAUUUGGACUUCUCCUUGUGGGGUGCGUAUUCCAUCUGGUCCAAUGCCAGCAACAACAACCAAACAUCGUCUUCAUUUUGGCGGAUGAUUAUGGUUUCCAUGACAUUGGUUACCAUGGCUCUGAGAUCAAGACGCCUAAUAUGGACAGGUUGGCAGCGAGGGGUGUCAAACUGGAGAAUUACUACGUACAACCCAUCUGUACUCCAACAAGGAGUCAACUUAUGAGUGGCAGAUACCAGAUUCACACUGGAUUACAGCAUUUGAUAAUUCGGCCAGAGAUGCCAAGCUGUCUACCCCUCGAUGACAUCACCUUAGCUCAGAAGAUGAAGGAGGCUGGGUACGCGACCCACAUGAUUGGGAAGUGGCAUCUUGGGUUCUACAAGAAGGCUUGCUGGCCGACACGCCGGGGAUUUGAUACCUAUUUCGGUUACUUAACUGGUUCAGAAGAGUACUUCACACAUCUGAGAGAGAAAGCCUUGGACUUUCGAGAACAAGAGGAGCCUGCAAGGAAUUACAGUGGUUUGUACUCCACACAACUGUUCACCCAAAAGGCACAAGGGAUCCUUGAACAACAUAGCAAUCAAAGCUCGGAUAAGCCCCUGUUCCUCUACCUGCCCUUCCAAGCCGUUCAUGAACCUCUAGAGGUCCCUCCGCAUUACACACAGCCAUACGCACACAUCAAAGACAAGAACAGAAGGCAAUAUGCUGGGAUGGUAGCCUGCUUGGAUGAAGCUGUAGGCAACAUCACUCGGACCAUGGACCAGCUCGGGUUGUGGAAAAACACAGUGCUUAUCUUUUCCACUGAUAAUGGUGGCCAAGUUUAUUCAGGCGGAAACAACUGGCCGCUCCGUGGUUGGAAGGGGAGCUUAUGGGAGGGAGGUGUACAUGGCGUCGGGUUUGUUAGCAGUCCACUGUUACCAGCUAAAGUACAGGGUACCAUCACUAAAGAGCUCAUUCAUGUCAGUGACUGGUACCCGACACUCGUGGCUGGACUUGCUGGAGGUAGUCUGAAUGGAUCAAAACUGGACGGAUUUAACGUUUGGGACACGAUAAGCAAUGGUUAUCCAUCACCUCGCCAUGAACUGCUGCAUAACAUUGAUCCACUGACGAUCGUCAAACCAGCGAACGCUACAAAGGUGAUGGGCAGUAAAGUUUUCAAUGAGACCAUACGGGCUGCAAUACGCUCAGGGGAUUGGAAGCUCAUUACUGGAGACCCAGGAAACGGCAGCUGGAUUCCACCUCCAGGCUCUGGAAUCCAAGCCCACAUACCAGCAGACCCUCCUGGUAAGAUGGUUUGGUUAUUCAACAUCACUGCAGACCCAAACGAGCAUCAAGAUUUAUCAUCACAACGGCCAGACAUUGUGGAGCGGCUGAUGCAGAGACUACAAUGUUACUAUGAAGGAUCUCUUCCGGUGUUUUAUCCUGGGAGUGAUCCUCGAGCAGAUCCCAAAUAUCAUAAUAACACUUGGAGUAAUUGGGAAUAAAUUAUUUGAUUUGUUUAUAACAACUUUAGAAGUUGUUUAAAAAUACCAAUAUUGUAUCCCAUACCAAUUGUAACUGGGAGUAAUUGGGUAUAAACUAGUCCAUUUGUUUCUAACAACGAUAUGUUAAUAUUUCAGAACUUAUAAUAAUACUUGUCCAAGAUCACAGAUUUACAUAAAACUUACACAGUCUAAUGAUGAUGAUAGUAGAAAACAUCCCUUGAAAUAUUUCUGUCUGAAAUGUCGCAUUGAUGUCACUUUUUGAUGACUCAGUGAGCAUUUUAUUAAUUUGUUUUUUAACCGAUGUCAUGCAAAAUUUGUAAUAGUUUUUUAAAACUAUUUUCUCAAGACCCAGAUGGCCGAUGGAUCUCCAACUUCUACAGGUUUGACAGUUUAUGUAUAAUAUGGUGGGUUACAUGAAGUGCUCACACUGCCAGCAACUGGUUUGUUAAAAAAAUCAAUUUUGUAGUUUUCCUUUUAAACAGGAAUUUUGCUUUUACAUUGAUCAAUGAAAAUAGCUAUUGAAAAAGUAUGCAAGAGGCAAAAAAUAGAGUAAAAGUGUAGUCACAAGCGGGCGAUGAACAACUGUACCAGCUAUGAAUAUAACACUAUAAGCUCAUAACCAAAUGAACAUGACAAGAACAAACAUCAAAACAAGCAUAAACAUGGUUGUACAAACACAAUUCUUUGUAGAUGGGUUUUCCGUUUCUUGCCUGUAGUUGUUAAAAAAGGAUUUGAGGGUCUUUCUGCUUAAAGUUGUAAGGUUUUUAAAAGAUAUUUUCUUUGUAUACCUACAUGUGAGGGUGUUUCUCUUUUAUACUGAUUUGUAAGGUUUUUAAGCAUCUAUUCUCGUAUUUCUUUAUUUAAAGGCACUGGACACUAUUGGUAAUUACUCAAAAUAAAUUGUUAGCAUAAAAACUUACUUGGU